CCCUCAUUUAACUGAGCGGCUGCUUUGUCGGCCUGGCAAUGAAUUGCGCUGGGGCGGUGGCGGCUCCCUCCCUGCGGUGGCUUCGUCUGGGCAUCUGGCGGCCCCUUUCAGCUUAUGGAAGAAGAAUCAGUGUCAGAUUUUAUAGUUCAAGAAUGACCUUAGACACCAUCAAUCGGGCAGCUGUGGAUCGAAUAAUCAGGGUGGAUCAUGCAGGCGAAUAUGGAGCCAACCGCAUCUAUGCUGGGCAGAUGGCUGUCCUGGGUCGUUCCAGUGUCGGGCCCAUCAUUCAGAAAAUGUGGGAUCAAGAAAAAGAUCAUUUGAAAAAGUUCAAUGAGUUGAUGGUUACAUUCAGGGUACGGCCGACAGUUCUGAUGCCAUUUUGGAACGUGAUGGGAUUUGCACUGGGGGCGGGGACUGCCUUACUUGGGAAGGAAGGUGCGAUGGCCUGCACAGUGGCGGUGGAAGAGAGCAUAGCACAUCACUAUAACAACCAGAUCAGGACACUGAUGGAAGAGGACCCUGACAAAUACGAGGAACUUCUUCAGGUGAUAAAGAAAUUUCGGGAUGAAGAGCUUGAGCACCAUGAUAUAGGCCUCGACCAUGAUGCAGAAUUGGCUCCAGCAUAUGCCGUCUUGAAGAGCGUUAUCCAAGCGGGUUGCAAAGCAGCGAUAUAUUUAUCAGAAAGAUUUUGAAGUACGUCCAUUUAUCCCUGUUUAUAAAAGAUGACAGUAAUUUAAGAAGUGGCAUUUACAGAGAAAGAAAUGUACAAUUAUCAUUAUUUGAAUUUUGUUAAUAAACUACAAGGUUUUCUUUUUUAUUUA